AUGCAAUUCAUGUCCACCUGCCUCAACACCUUGUUUGCCGGUUUCACGGGCAUCCUCGGCUUCGUGGGACAGUCGCUCAACGGGCUCGUCAAGCUGAGGGAAUUCUUCGUCCAAGUCAAAAGAGCACCGAAAAAGGUUGCCGACCUGCUGCAGGACAUUGAAGAGCUCCACGCCACCCUGAAUGACGUGCGCCAGCUUGCGGGGCUCUUUAGCGACGAUGAUAUCCCAUCUGCCGGCGCAAAGCGACCCGACAUAUCUUCCUUGCUAGCGAACGUGAGGUCGUGCACCGAGGACAUUGUCGAAUGGGCUCAGGUCGCCGAGGACCUCGACCCAGGGUCGCUGACGGGGUUGCGCUCCUUCUUCCGGAGGGCCAAGGUCGCUGCCGAAAAGACCUUGUUCGAAGAGUUUGGAAAGAGAAUUACAAACCAUCAACACAAGAUAGGGCUCAGUCUGUCUAUUCUCGGGAGAUCCCUAGACUAUCUGAGCCACACCAAACUCGACAGCCUUCACUUCCAGUUCAAUGGCUUGACGGAGGCGCACUUGCGACUCAACGAGGUCGUCACCCGAGAGUUUGAGAACCUAGCUCCGGACACCGACACCAAGCCCCUUGCGGAGAUACUGGCAGAGGCUUUCCGAAACCAGGAACGCGCCCUUGACGAUGUGGUCGGCGAGCUCACCGAACGGAUCAGUGUCGACUACCGGUCCACGCAUCGCAGCAUCAGAAGUAUCCAGAGCAACAUCUCCACGAUAACGUCAUCCUUCUCAUUCCAUGCCAAGGACCCGGAUGAGUCCGAACUGUCUGAAAAUGAUUCGGUUGCAGCAACCGAUAACGAAGAGACGCUGGAAUGGAGUUGUGACGCCUUGAGCGGGAUCGACGUCGCCUUCCCUGAUGAGACGUGCUUGCUCUGCUCAAGGCAAUACAAGCUCGAAGAUGCAUUCUCUCGAGGGCAUCACUUGGUGUCGUAUCACAACUACGGGAAAUGCAACCUCGAGGUCGCUUACCAGGAUUGGUCAGCAUUGAGACGGCACUUGAAGCGCUCCCACAAGUUGACAAAUCAGCUCAAAUCGAACCGAGACGUCUUGCAGGCCACCUUUCUCAGGUCUCGGGUCCGGAGGUCCAACAUCUUCCGGCACCGUGACGGGGCGAUAAGCCGUCGACAAAAACAAAUAGAACCGGCGACUGAGAGUGAAGAGUCCGAGACGACAUCGCUUCUUAUUCAUCUUAUGCAAGCGAACAUUGUCUCGGAAGCUGGCUCAAUAUGGUCCCCAACGUCAAAUACCCCUGGUUGGAAGGCGCCGUUCACUCCAGGAGACACAAAUCGGCUUGUUGAGUUUCUAGAUGCACUCUCGAAAAAAGCUAUUCGGUACGAAACGACAGAUCAAACUCAACUGAACCUGCUGUACAAAGCUGCCUGUCUAGAAGAACAGAUAGUUGUCGAGAAUAUGCAAAGCAGGGUCGGCUUUGGGUACCCAAGCGAUACCGAGCGGCGCAUCGAGUACCUCCGCAAGCACAGAGGCCAGGAAGCUGCGGGUCAAGACUUGGCCAACGUGUGGAUUGUUGCUGACCCGCCUCACGAAUCACCCCUGAAUCAAUACAUCGAGGUGCCGCUUUCCGAAUGUGUAGAGUGCUCCGGUUUCAAGCUGUACCGGAGCGCCAGGGAAGCCAAGCAUCACAUUACCCGGGAGCAUUUCGGGUCUGAGUGGACCUGGAGGAAUCUAAAGGAUGCUGAGAAUCCGAUGGUUGUGCAAGUUCCGGGGCGUCUCAGACAUCCCUCAGUGACGACGUUUCAAGACACCCACAGCCUUUCACGGCGAAUUGACAAGUGGCUUAAUUCGUGCUUCCUCGAGUCCAAUGCCACGCAAAGGCUGCUCAGACUGUCUCCGGCCACGAGACACCUCUUCGCAGCAAAUCACAAGGAAUGGUUCCUGUCUAUCAUGGCGGCGUGGGACGCCUGUGGCAAUCUAGGGCCGCAUGAGAUGCAGUAUGCGCGGUCGGAUGGAGCUGUGGACAGUAGAGAUGGCUGGUCGGACGAUGAAAGACUGCCACAGCGAUCUGUCGCAUCGGGUCCUCGGGACAGGUCCCUCCUGUUGUUGGGUAAGGUGUCGUCCUUACGGGCGAAUAACACGCGAGGAUGGACGUCGACGGCUCCUACGGUUACCUUCGAUGACGCGACUACUGCAGUCAUCUCCCAGCCUCUCGUUGAAGGGAAGAACGCUUUGGCAUUGUUAAAGAAAGAUGGCCUAGAACUUACCUGA